GCUAAGAGUACUGCAACUUUUCAUGUCCAUAGCUGAAAUGGAAAGAAGGGUUGCAAUUGUUGGAGCAGGAAUCAGUGGCCUUCUGGCCUGCAGAUACGUUCUAGAAAUGGGUUUUAAUCCAAUUGUCUUUGACAUUGAGGAUGGCAUAGGAGGACUAUGGCGACACACUACAAAAUCUACCAAACUCCAAAACCACAAACUAGCCUUCCAGUUUUCAGAUUUUCCAUGGCCUUCCUCAGUGAAAGAAGACAUCCCAAAUAGCCAGCAAGUGCUAGAUUAUCUUAACUCCUAUGCUCAACAUUUUUCUCUCACACAUUACAUCAGAUUCAACUCCAAAGUCACUGAUAUAGAUUAUGUGGGUGAAUCUAACGAAGAAAUUAACUCAUGGGAAUUAUGGGGUGGUAAUGGCAGACCCUUUGGCUCUAAGGGAACUUGGCAUGUUACUGUGCAAGACACCAAGACUUUCUCCACAGGGGUGCACAAGGUUGAGUUUGUUGUUCUUUGCAUUGGGAAAUAUAGUGGCUUUCCAAACAUUCCUGAGUUUCCAGCCGGACAAGGCCCAGAAGCUUUUAAAGGGAAGGUUAUGCACUCCAUGGAUUACUCUAUGUUGGACAACGAAAGUGCAGCUGAAUUGAUCAAAGGAAAGAGAGUUACUGUAGUGGGAUCACAGAAAUCUGGUCUUGACAUAGCGGCCGAGUGUGCAGAUGUAAAUGGAAUGACACAUCCCUGCACUAUCCUCCAAAGGACUGCGCACUGGUAUUUUCCAGAUUUGAACAAAUGGGGCAUUUUUGUUGGAUUCUUCUACCUUAAUCGUUUCUCGGAGCUUCUGGUUCACAAGCCAGGAGAAUCCCUCCUCCUUAGCCUUGUGGCCACUUUCCUUUCACCCAUGAGAUGGGGAAUAUCUAAACUUGCUGAAACCGCCCUAAAAUGGACGCUGCCAUUGAAGAAGUAUGGAUUGGUACCCAAACAGAGCUUUCUUCAAGACGUCUCCUCAUGUCAGAUUGGGGUGUUUCCUGAUGACUUUUUUGAUAAGCUGAAAGAAGGAUCCAUCCUUAUAAAGAAAUCACAAAGCUUUAGCUUCUGCAAAAAAGGUGUAAUCAUUGAUGAAGCAGCUAAGCGCCUUGAAACAGAUGUUGUAAUCCUUGCCACAGGAUACAAAGGUGACCAAAAGCUCAAAACCAUAUUCAAAUCCCCAAUUUUCCAAAAUCACAUCCUUGGGUUAAGGUCAACAGUUCCCCUCUAUAGACAGAUCAUUCCCCCUCGGAUCCCGCAACUAGCAAUCAUAGGAUACGACGAGGGCCUAUCAAAUAUUUUUAGCUCGGAAAUGAAAUGCCAAUGGCUGGCAGUGUUUUUGGAUGGGAACAUUGAGCUGCCAAGUAUAAGAGAGAUGGAAAAGGAUGUGAAAUUGUGGGAAGACAGUAUGAAACAAUAUGCUGGAAGAUAUUAUUUCAAAUCGUGCAUUGCUAAUUGUAGCAUCUGGUAUCACGAUCACUUGUGCAAAGACAUGAAACGUAACCCUAGAAGGAAAAAAGCCCUUUUCGCGGAGCUUUUUGAACCAUAUGGGCCAACUGAUUACGCGGGUCUUACACGUAAACGAGUAUUUGAAGGGAUAUAAUUCAUUAAAAUCUAUGAUUUGAUGUUGAUUCUUUGU